AACGAUGGCUCGCCAACCGCUGGCACUGCUCCUGGUGGCCGUGAGUCUGGCCAGGAUCGCGGCCAGGCCAGGGCCACAGAAUCCGCUCGAGUCGCUGGGCAUAGGCGCGAUGAGUCUGGCCGGGAAUAUAGCGGAGGCGGUUCAGAGUGGCGCCGCCAUGUCACGCGACCUCGACAUCGACAAUCCACUGAUGUCCGUGCACUCGAAAACGUCCGUGGGCUACGGGGAUGCCAUACGUCCCAUUGCCGCCGAUUCAUCCGAGGAGGAUCGUCGCCGGAAGCGAAGGCGGCGCAGCCUACAUCGCCUCAAGCGCGCUCCUUGCUUCUGGAAAAUGGGCGGCGCCGCCACCACAAUGGCGUCCGCGGACGAUGAUGUGGAGGCCAGGCGGCGAAGGGCCCAGAAGCGGGCCGCCAACAAUGCCUCCCGAUCCCGGGUGAGUCCCAAGACCAGCGGCAAGAAGAAGAAGCUGGUGCGGCGACGACGGCAGGCGGAAACGGGCAUGGAAGCGGCACCCAAUAUGGACGCCGUGGAUCCCUUGGGCCUGGGCCCCAAAAUCAAGGCCAUGUGGCUCUCCUUCGUGGACAACGUAACGGAUGUGGUGCAGCAGGUGCGCCAGAGGAUCUCCGAUACGGCCAACGCCUCGGGCUAGGUCACCCAGGUCCCUGAACACCAUCGAGUGUAUUUUUUUUUGUUUGUCUAUAAGUGCAAUAAAAAGCAACUGGAAGCCGGAAAUUAUGCCAAGCGCAAUG